AUGGCUUCUCUACUGGACCUGCAAGCUACACAGCUUCUCAAACCAGUCGUUGCAUUGGCAGGAUGGACCUUUGUGCAAGAAACAUGGAUGUACGCAACUCGAAUCCCUGCGAUCUACAAGUACAAAGUUAGCUUUGAGGAGGACAAAGUCAAACACGAUAAGCACACGAAGAUUCCGCUCAAGGUUCAACGCAUGGCCGAUAACUACAACAACUUGCACGAGCAGCCGCAAGUCUUCUAUGCCAUUGCGGUCGUCUUGACCCUCCUGGGUGACCAGAAUGAUCUCACCUACCGUCUUGCGUGGUCGUACACCGGAAUGCGCAUUGUCCACAGUCUGUUUCACAAUUUGGUCAAUGAGCCCAACGGAAGAUUCAGUCUCUUCGUUACGAGCUCGGUGAUGCUUCUGGGGCUCACUGGAAGGGCUGCUUCUUUGCUUUUUUGGAAUUGA